GGACUUCUACAGACACACAUACACGAGCGAGCACUACUUCCCAAAGAUGCUCUCCCGUCAAUCACGCCUUCUCCUCCGUAAAACCCCGACGACCCUCUCAUCCACCGGGACCGUCGCGACAAGAUCAAAAUCGACCAAGUCCGAGUCAAACGUCGUCAAUUUUGAAGCAAAGGCGAGGGUCAAGGAGCAUGCCAGGAGAAUCGGGACGAGUGCCAAGGCCGCUGUCGAGGUAGCUAGCCGCCCAACUCCAGCCCCAUCAUUCCAAACUCCCCCUACCCCGGCCGGCUCCCUGCCUCACCUGGAUCCCUUGACUGCUAGAAAGGACGAUGGGUUGGAUUACACCUUUGUCGGCCAAUCCGGUGGACAGAUCUUCCACGAGAUGAUGCUUCGUCACGACGUUAAGCACGUCUUUGGAUACCCCGGAGGCGCCAUCUUGCCCGUCUUUGACGCCAUCUACAACUCCCCCAAUUUCGAUUUCAUCCUGCCUCGUCACGAACAAGGCGCUGGUCACAUGGCCGAGGGUUACGCGAGGGUUACGGGGAAGCCCGGUGUCGUCCUCGUCACCUCGGGUCCCGGGGCUACCAACGUCAUCACCCCGAUGCAGGACGCCAUGUCGGAUGGAAUCCCCAUGGUCGUCUUUUGUGGACAGGUCGCCACGAGCGCAAUCGGAAGCGACGCUUUCCAGGAAGCCGACAUUGUCGGGAUCUCGAGGAGUUGUACGAAAUGGAACGUCAUGGUCAAGGACAUUGCCGAGUUGCCGAGGAGGAUCAACGAGGCGUUCAAGAUUGCCACCAGUGGACGUCCCGGACCCGUCCUCGUCGACUUGCCCAAGGACGUUACCGCCGGGAUCCUGCGUCAGCCGAUUCCCAAGAAAUCCGUCCAGGCCGGAUCGUCGCCGUACUUGCCUAGCAACCCUCGACUUCCCGGUAACCAGACGGACAAGUCGACAAAACCCACUCCGGGUGACGCCGAGAUGAUCGAGGCUGCCGCCAAGAUGAUUAACCAGGCCAAGCGACCGGUCAUUUACUGUGGAAAUGGUGUUCUGGCCAGUCCCGAGGGACCUGAACUUCUGGCUCAGUUGUCGGCCAACGGAAAUAUCCCCGUGACGACGACCAUGCAGGGUCUGGGAGCCUUCAACGAGCACGACCCCAAGGCUCUGCAUAUGCUCGGUAUGCACGGAUCGGCGUAUGCCAACUUUGCCAUGCAGGGAGCCGAUGUCAUCAUCGCCCUCGGUGCGAGGUUCGACGACCGGGUCACCGGUACCCUCGCCUCGUUUGCACCUGCCGCCCGAGCCGCCGCGCUCCAGGGUAAAGGUGGGAUCAUCCACUUCGAGAUUCAACCGAAAAACAUCAACAAGGUCGUCCAGGCCAACAUUCCCGUCCUAGGCGAUGUCGUCGCUAGCAUGGGAGAACUCUUGCCCCAGAUCGAAUACCGCGAACGCAAAGAAUGGAUGGACAAGAUCAAGUCGUGGAAGGCCGAUUACCCGUUCACGUUCACGCCUUCCAAAAAGGGAGACAGGAUGAAACCCCAAGAGGUCGUCGAAGAGCUCGACCGUCAAUGCGAGGCCAUCGGCAAGGACAAUGUUAUUGUCACCACCGGAGUCGGACAGCAUCAGAUGUGGGCUUGUCAGCAUUACCGAUGGACGAAACCGAGGUCGUGGGUCUCGUCCGGUGGUCUGGGGACGAUGGGAUACGGUUUGCCUUCGGCCAUCGGGGCCAAGGUGGCCGCUCCCGAAAAGGUCGUCGUCGACAUCGAUGGAGACGCGAGUUUCUCGAUGACCGCGAUGGAGAUGGCUACGGCUGCGCAGUACAACAUCGGUUGCAAGAUCUUGGUCUUGAACAAUGAAUUCCAGGGGAUGGUCUUGCAGUGGCAAGACCUCUUCUACGACAAGCGAUACUCGCACACCCGAAUGACCAACCCGGACUUUGUCAAGCUCGCCGAAUCGAUGAACGUCAAGGGUCUCCGUGCCGAAUCGCUCGAAGACCUGCCGGCCAAGAUGAAGGAGUUUUUGGAGUAUGACGGGAGCAAGCCGAUCUUGCUCGAGGCUUGGGUCGACAAGCAGGAACACGUCCUGCCCAUGAUCCCCGCCGGACACGCUCUGCAUCAGCCCGUCCUGCACGGCGAGGUCAUCAAGGCGCUCAAGGCCAAGGGGAUCGCGCCUCCUUAGUCUGAUCGGUCGCAUGUCCAAAACAAGCACGCUCAUACCCACACAAAAUGUACGUCGAUCGUCGUUUAAUCACCAAGGCAAUGUGUUGUCGCUGAUCGAAUGUCUUGGCGGAAACCACAACCCCAUAGUUUGCAUUGCAUCUACCUUGCGCUUCUUCCGUCCUUGUUUGUCUGCGUUCUUCCAUGUCUUUUAGGGAUUCCGUUCAUGUUGCGCGCCGUUGUAUCCCUAUGCUGCUGCUCAUCAAAAGAUACCGAUCGUAUCGACGUCUGA